AUGGUUCACAAGCGAAAGCUGCCAGAGGAGCACAACCCGCUCCUUGGUCCUGAACAUACGCCUCCACUCGAUAUACUUAUCGAGCGACGACGACUCGGGCAGACGAACCUCGUUGUGAAGCCAGGACAAGUCGGAAUCUCCAAUGCGACAAAGGCGGAGGCACUGGGGAAGUUCGACUACGCGCAUCUGCGAGUACCGCUUCCGAAAGACCUUAGAGGAUCCGGAAUCUUCUCAUUGCAGAAGAACCAGGCAUACCCAGAGUCGUACUUUUUGAUGCGACGCAGCAGCGACGGCCACAUCAGCGCAACGGGCAUGUUCAAAGCAGCAUUCCCAUGGGCGUCGAUUGAAGAAGAAGCCGCAGAGCGCGAACACCACAAGUCCCUACGCAGCGCUGGCCCCGAAGAGGUCGCAGGCAACGUGUGGAUCGCGCCCGAACAAGCCCUCAAACUUGCCGAAGAGUACCACAUGCUAGCCUGGAUCGUGGCGCUUCUCGAUCCUGAGCCUAUCGAGAAGGGCACGAAAGACAAAGACCGCGUCGAAAUAUCGACUCCUCCAAGGUUUGUUGUACCGGACAAAAGUGGUCUUAUGUCCGCUUCUUCAGUCAGGCUUCGCAGCCUCCGGUCCGCUUCGCCCAGCAAAACCGCGACACCCAGUCGGAGAAUUGCGACGCCGCGCAAGGCGCGUACGACGAGGAACUCGGUGAAAAACCACGACGCGACGGCGGCCGGCUCGGCGCUGCAGAGUAGCUUCACAAACGGUGUGGAGGCGACGAAGGCAGAUUCCGUAAGAUCUGAAUCGGUAGACGGCGACACUGUCAGGGUGGAGGUAGACGAGACAGUCGAAACGACAGGCGACACCGAAACGACGACUACAAUUGUAAAGGUCGACAUGCCGGCUGGGUCGCCAGAGCUACCCCUUCCUGAAAGCACUGAGGAAAUGAUCGCAAAGGCAAAGGCGAUGGUCGAGGAAGCCAACAGGCUCGAGGAAAACAGGGUGAACGGCGUCAAGGCAUUGAAGAGGAAAGCCGCAGACUUGGAUGAUGAUGAUGAUGAAGAGGUGGGCAUGGCGGUGCAGCCGGCCAAAAGGGUGCGGACGAUCGAAGAGGAGCUAAAGAAGGAAAAAGUCAAGAACAAGGCGCUGAUAGGAUUGAGCGCAACCCUGGCUCUCGGUGCCCUCCUGCCAUACUUCCUGUAG